AUCUCAUUUCUGGCAGCAGUUUUGCAUAAGAAAGGAACUCGUGAAGAUAUUGUCAAUAAUAUGCCAGAGUUUUUACUGAGAAGUAUGAAAAAGGACCCUUCUUGUGUAGCAAAAAAGAUGUUCUUAAUAGUUGCUCCUCUUUCUGUCCUCUAUAAUUGGAAAGAUGAGUUGGAUACCUGGGGAUAUUUCAGAGUCACUGUGUUACAUGGUAACAAAAAAGACAAUGAACUGAUUCGUGUAAAGCAGCGGAAAUGUGAAGUUGCUCUAACAACUUAUGAAACGCUACGAUUAUGUCUGGAUGAACUUAACGGUUUGGAAUGGUCAGCUGUCAUUGUGGAUGAAGUGCAUAGAAUCAAGAAUCCAAAGGCGAGAGUAACAGAAGUUAUGAAAGCUCUACGUUGUAAUGUCCGUAUUGGCCUCACUGGGACCAUCCUUCAGAACAGCAUGAAGGAACUGUGGUGUGUUAUGGACUGGGCUGUGCCAGGACUUCUAGGUACGAGGAUGUACUUCAAAAAGCAAUUUUCUGACCCAGUAGAACAUGGUCAGAGACACACAGCAACGAAAAGAGAAUUAGCUACUGGCCGAAAAGCUAUGCAGAGGCUUGCAAAGAGGAUGUCUGGCUGGUUUCUUAGACGUACUAAGACUCUUAUCAAGGAUCAGUUGCCUAAGAAGGAAGACAGGAUGGUUUAUUGUUCUUUAACAGAUUUCCAGAAAGCUGUCUAUCAGACAGUGUUAGAAACAGAAGAUGUGACUUUGAUACUUCAGUCCUCUCAGCCCUGUACCUGCAACAGUGGUCGAAAAAGACGAUACUGUUGCUACAAGACCAAUUCUCGUGGUGAAACAGUGAAAACCUUGUAUCUCAGUUACCUUACAGUUCUCCAGAAGGUAGCCAACCAUGUUGCAUUGCUGCAAGCUGCUGGUACCUCCAAGUAUCAGGUCCUUCAGCAGCUUUUAAGUCAUUUCAGGAAAAACAGAGAUAAAGUUCUUCUAUUCUCAUUUUCCACCAAGCUGCUUGAUGUAUUGCAACAGUAUUGUGUGGCCUCUGGGCUUGACUACAGGCGACUUGAUGGAAGCACAAAGUCAGAGGAAAGACUGAAGAUCGUGAAAGAGUUCAACAGUACAUGCGAUAUCAACAUUUGUCUUGUCUCUACCAUGGCUGGUGGACUAGGCCUCAAUUUUGUUGGUGCCAAUGUUGUUAUAUUAUUUGACCCAACUUGGAAUCCAGCUAAUGAUCUUCAAGCCAUUGACAGAGCAUAUAGGAUUGGACAAUGCAGAGAUGUAAAAGUGCUUAGGCUGAUUUCCUUGGGAACUGUGGAGGAGAUAAUGUAUUUACGACAGGUAUAUAAGCAGCAACUUCACUGUGUGGUGGUGGGAAGUGAAAAUGCCAAGCGAUAUUUUGAAGCUGUCCAAGGAUCAAAAGAACACCGAGGAGAACUUUUUGGGAUCCAUAACCUCUUCAAGCUAAGAUCCCAAGGGUCUUGUCUUACAAAGGACAUCCUAGAGAGAGAAGGCCAAGUAGAAGCGGGGAUCAUAACAGCCACAACAUGGUUGAAAGAGGGACCUCCAGCACACAAAGUAGAAACACCCAGAGAGUCUGACUGUCAAGAAUCCAGAGGACCAGAACCACCUUCAGAUGCACUGGCAGCAGAUGUGUGUGAUCUCUGCAGUGAUUUCAGUGAUGAGGAAACUGUGAGAACCUCAACAAUGAGGACUGCUAAACACAAAGCAUCCGAUUCAAGUAAAGCUUCUGGCUCUUUGGGACAGCUCACCUUAUUCCAGUGUGGUUUCUCAAAACUAUUUGAGGCCAGAUGUGAAGCUCCUGAGGACAGUGAUGAGAAUCACACCUCUGGUGGUGGAAGUUCUGAUGAACAGCCCACACUGCCAUCAGCAGAUGCCAACGAUGCUGAUUGUCAGAAAACUCAAAAUUCUGUUUCUGCUUCAAAAUACCAGAACGUAGAUACCAUCCUAAAUCCACAGGAAAAUUGUACUUCUAAGGAAAGCAGGAUUUUGGAACAGAACAUUUCUUCUGAGUCUGAUGAUGAGAAAAAAUUUCAAACUAUAGUUGGACAUAAUUGCAUUUUACAGAAUGGCACAGAAUCAGAGGACAGUGAUGUUAUUUUUCCCACACAAUAUAAAACUCAGAGAUUCCCUAAAAAUCGAAUAAGGUUUAAGCCAUUCCUGGGUGGAUCUGAAGAUUCUGAAGCAGAAUACCCUGUAAAAAUCAGAAGUAGUCAUCAUGGUAAAAAGAAGGGUGACAGAGGAUCAAGUUCAAAACACUUAAAUGCCAAGAACAUGACCCUGAGAUCUAUCAUAGAAAGGAAAAACACUGGUGAUAUAAGUGAUGAAUCUGAUGACAUUGAAAUUUCUUCCAAUUCAAGAGUAGGAAAGAAGAAAACUACUAGUUCAUUGAAGGAAAAGAAAAGGGAACUUGACUACUUUUCUAAAACAAUGAAGAAAACAAACCAACUGCAUGUACCAAAUGAGGAUUGUAACUCUCAGCUUAUUGAGGCCUUUUCAUCCUCAGAAGAUGAGUUAUCUGCCAGCCACUUCUGUCUCACCAAACAGAGCCAUAGAGAAAAAACUAUAAAAGACAGAAUCACUUUCUCUUCAAAACGGCCUACCCAUAAGAAAAACAGUACUUUCAUACCAAGAAAAUCAGUGACAUUUUCAAAUGAGGGUUUUGUCACUCAAGAGCAUGAGUGUGAAUCCAUGGAUAAAAUUUUAGAUGGUGUUCAGGAAGUGGCUUACAUUCACUCAAACCAGAAUGUGAUUGGAUCGAGCAAGGCUGAAAAUUGUAUGAGCCGAUGGGCAGCCCGUGAUGUAUUUGAGCUGAAGCAAUUUUCCCAGCUUCCUGCUAACGUAGCUGUUUGCAGUUCUAAGACAUAUGAAGAAGAAAUAAGUACAGAUAGAACAGCACAUACAACAAAAGACCCUCAACCAAAUGAAGGAAGCACUUCAUUUCCCCUUUACCUUGCAUACCCGAUAAGCCAAAGAAAGAAACAAGUUCACCGGACAGACCAGACCACCUUCAUAAUUGGAGAAACACCAAAAGGAAUCCGUAGAAAACAAUUUGAAGAAAUGGCCUCUUAUUAUAACUUACCUUCAGCAAAGGAAUUUGCUAAAUGUAUAGCUAAUGCUACAUCAGAAGAAAGACAGAAAAUGCUGAGAGACUUUUAUAUUUCUCAGUAUCCAGAGGUUGAAGAACUUUUUGAGGAAUCUGCUUCAAUAUCCAUUGAAUCUACACACAAAGAAGGAGGGAGAGUCAGGAAAAAAUUCAAAGAAAGAAAAUCUCCAGUAAAAGAAAGGCUGCCAGAUUCUAAAAGUCCAACAUUUAAUGAUUCCACCAAAAAGAUUUCUCAAAUUUAUAACCUAAAAAUACAUAAAGGAGAAGCAAUUAAGUUUCAUAAAGAUAUUUUUCAUAAAGAAGAGAUACUUUCUACUGAUGAAGAAACCAAGAAAUUACCCAUGAGCUCCACUGGAGAGAUUAAGAGUGGGAAAAAGAACCAAAUACCCAAAGACCCUGUAGCCUCCUGCUCUCUGAACAGGAAGUCUGAGACACAUGAGAGAAAGUUAAAAAAUACCAUGGAAAACCAACAGCACCUCACAAGAAUGAGUGUUUCAAGAAAUGGACCCCUUUUCAAGUUGGAAAACAAAAAUGUAGACAAUCCAGUGUUAGAAAGCCCUUCUGUGGAAGGCUUACUUGGUGACACCUCUAUUCUUGAUGACCUCUUUAAAAGUCAUGAGAACAGUGCCACACAACUGCCAAAAAAAGUUCUUUCAAGGCCCAUGGAAAAGGCAAAACAGAAGCCAAAAGACUUCUGGGACAUCUUGAAUGAGCAGAAUGACGACAAUCUUAACAAACUCACCGACUUGGCAGUGAUAGAGACUCUGUGUGAAAAAGCCCCCCUUGCUGUGUCCUCCAAAAGGAAAGCAGAGCUGGAAACUUCCCUUUGGAAGUCCAAUGAGAAGUUUUUGUGGAAGACAUUUAACUCAAGUGAUACAGAUGAAAACAUAACCAAUACACAGAGAGAAUAACGUAUACACAUGUCAGGGAAUUAGUUCACAUGGGAACUGCUGCCAUGAAUGUUUACAGUACUGUGUAUGGUAUGUGAAUUUAUAGAUAUAGUUACACACUAGUGGUAGUAACUUGAACAUGGUUCUUAGCAUUUAAAAUGUUAUCAUGGAUUUGUUUUCUACAAUAUUUAAUUUGGUAUUUUUUUAAUAAACCACAAUCAUAGAUCUGGAGGUAUAGUCUAAGUGGGAAAACACUUGCCUAGUGAGGAAGGUCCCACUGCAUAAAAUAAAAAAUAAAAUGAAACUGUAUUAUAACAUCUUCUGAAAUUUAAAAAAUUAUUCAAUUUGCUAUUGAGACCUAUGGCAUUGCCCCUACUUCUCACUAAUGUGACCUAGAAUUGGAUCCAUUUCUUAAUGUGAAGCUGCUGGAUUUGGACCACAUCACUAUGCAUAUCCUUGCACUUUAAAAGAGCUUUCAUUCACUCUUCUCAAAUUCCAUUAGUUAUAAGUCACUUCAUGCUCCCAAAUCACUUACACACUGAUAGGUUUUUCUUUGGAAAGCCACUCAUUGUUUUUCAAAACCUCUGAUUUGUUGUAUGACUAUUAAAUUAUUUUAGGAAAUAGUAAUAAUACUGAGUUAUUGUGGUAUUGUGAA